AUGAAAGUCCAUUUGGUUCUUAUCCUAUCCAUUUUGGAAGCUUCGUCUGCGUUUGAAACAUUCCAAACACGGAUCCCAAAUGGCAACAAUAUUGUUGAUCCAUGUGACUCUAAUUUGCCAUGGCCUGGUGUUGGGCAUAGGGCCAGGGGAGGAGGAGGAGCAAGAAAUCCAUUCGGAAUUGCAUUUGCAGCAAAUGGCAUGACGUGGACUCGGGCGUUGUGCCUUGAUGAUUCUGAUGGCGACGGUCAAAGCAAUGGUGUCGAGCUAGGUGAUCCUAGAUGUGAAUGGAGAAUACGGGCGACACCAGCUGGCCCUCCAACAGGACAUCCUGGAGUUUGUGAACCUUGGAACUCAGCAAAUUGUAUGGCGAGAAAUGGUAACUGGUUGAACUGUGAUUCUACUGGCAUGCGAUGUCCAGCUAUUAGCGUUUCAGGUGUACGGCAAUUACAAUUUCGGAUGCCAAGAAUACCCAUCCCAGCAACAGAAGCCACGUUCAUGUGCGUCAACCUUGAGGUUCCAGCAGACCGUGACUACCAUGUGAUAGCAGACACAGCCAUUCUUGACAACCAGAACAUAGUACAUCAUAUGAUUCUUUUUGCGUGUGAAACAAUGACCGCAACUGAGCUGCAGAAUCCUGUUGGCUCACCAUACCCGUGUGAAAUGUUGCCAGAUCCCAAAUGUCAGGAUAUAAUUACUGGAUGGCAGCCAGGCAUAUCAGGGUUUUGCCAUCCUGAUCACCUUGGUUUCAGUGUUGGUGCAAACAGAGGGCGGUAUCUUUCUUUACAGGUUCACUGGAUUAAUCCACUAAGGAGAACCGGUCUCACAGAUACAUCUGGAAUGGCUUUGUUUCUAACUCCAAAUCUGCGACAGUAUAACCUAUCUACUUUUAGAAUUGGUGAUAUCUAUUUAUCAAUUCCACCGAAAGAAAAGUCCUUCGCUGUGGAAGGAACUUGUGCAUCUUCAUGUACACGAAACCAGCUGACGGGGCCAAUUAGCGUAUAUCAAAGCUUCGACCACAUGCAUUACGCAGGUAGAGAGAUCAAAGUCACGCUAAAAAGACAAGGUAGAGGGCCAGAAAGAACUCUAUGGAAUAAUCCUAAUUUCUCCUUUCAAAAUACCGUUUUUCAUAGAAUGAACGGCAAUGUACAAAUACGACCAGGUGACUCACUUCAUACGACUUGCAGAUAUAACACAGAAUCCAGGAAUAAGACGACCUCCUUUGGAUUUCGGGCAACGGACGAAAUGUGUUUUGCUUUCUUACAGUUUUAUCCAGCUGAAAAUGCUAUUUCUAAGGGAUGCACGAGCUCUGGCGGUUUACCAGGUUGUCAACUAAAUGAUCCUAAUGCCGUGAUAGAUGGUUGUAGUGUUUCCUUCACUACCGGUCCAGAUAUUGCCAUUGUAGCCAAAUAUCUGAGAGAAAACUGUCAUCCAGUGAAAUGUCACCAAGAAUGUAUAAAUGUGGUAAAGGCCAUUAGGAAACAUGCAUGCUUUCGGAACGAAAACAUUAGAAAGCACAUAGAGGCGAAAUUGCUUGAAAUGAAACUCAUAGAGACGCUAGCCCAGUUACAUUCGUGUGAUGUAGAAAUAGCCAUGGAAGAAGCAAAUUGUCAAAGUACACAGGCCAUAUCCAGGACCAGAUCCACAAGGUGUCUUUGUAACAAAAGGCCAUUCCUUAGGUGGAUAUCUGGAAAUUGA